AUGUGGAAACGUUUCAGAUCAAGCAGAUCCGCCAGUUCGAAUGACGUGCUGUCUCAGACGUCUUCCGCACCAACAUACGUUGAUGAACGAUCAACCUCGGCUCCGGUAGAGCCACCACCAGCAUCUGACCGGCCUCAAGAGCAUUUGUUCCCCGACCGGACCCUCCGGGUGGACACCGAUGCUCCUGCGCCAGCGCGGCGCGGGUCCGCACUCUCCGACAUUCAUGCUCAACUGUACUCCCCUCACCGGCGACAACGUUCGCAGGACCGCAGAGAAGAUCCAUUCGGGCUCGUCGUUCUACACAGUCCGCCAGAACGCACGAUUGAUGUAAUUUUUAUUCAUGGUCUCGGAGGCACAAGCUUACGAACGUGGUGCCGCGAUCGAGAUGUCGAUAACCUUUGGCCAAAGCUGUGGCUCCCAGUCGAGUUGCCGACUGCCCGGAUUCUCACAUUUGGUUACAACACGCAUUUCUCGUCUAAAAAGGAGCAGGCCUCUUAUACGAUUGGUGAUUUUGCCAACGACCUCCUGUUCCGCAUGAAGUAUGGCGAAAGUACAGCUGAACGGUUAGGUCAAGUGCCCAUCGUUAUCGUUGCACAUUCCAUGGGUGGUCUGGUUUUCAAGAAGGCCUUUGUGCAAGGACACCUGAGCGAUGAAUUCAGUGAGAUUGUCUCCAUGAUCAAGGCCGUCUUGUUUCUAGCAACCCCCCACCGCGGGACCGAUCUUGCUGAAACGCUAAACAAACUACUUUCGACUUCGGUCUUCGGCCACUCUCCCAAGGAGUACGUUACGCAGUUGGCGAGGAAAAGUCCGACAAUUGAUGAGUUGAACGACUCCUUCCGGCAUCAUGCCUCAAAGUUGCAAAUAUUCUCCUUUUACGAGACUCUCGCCACCACCACCGGCCCAGUCUCUCUCAUGGUCGUUGACAAGCCAACCGCUGUCAUGGGAUAUCCCAAUGAGACGCCAACACCGCUCACCGCCAACCAUCACAACGUCUGCAAAUUCACCGGCCCCAAUGACCCGAAUUAUAUUUCGGUAGUCGGGGCACUUCGCAGCAUUGCCGAUUCACUUCUUACACCAGUCGAUGAUGUCGCUUCCAAGGAGGAUCUACGGCACUUGGCGAGCCUUCUGGGCGUAACCGGGCCACCCGAAGAGGACCUCAGCUUUGGUACUUCUGCCAGAAAACAAGGCACUUGCGAGGGGUUCCUGGCUAGUGAUGAGGUGAUAAAUUGGCGCAACUCAAAAUCGCGGCGGGUAUUGUGGACCCAUGCACAACCGGGCGGUGGCAAGUCCACGCUGUGCUCCUUUGUCAUUGAGCGUCUCCUUGAAGACGGCCACUACUGCUCAUAUUUUUUCUUCAAGCAUGGCCAGCGUGCCAAGCAAUCGACAAGCAACAUGGUGCGCUCCCUGGCGUAUCAGACUGCUCUUCAACUGCCCGAAUUCCGCAAAGCCCUAGUCGGCCUCGCCGUGUCCGGGGUUAAGCUCUCCAGCGCAGACUCCUCUACGGUAUGGGAUAAGCUUUUUACCUCCAUCUUCGCGAGCAUCAAGACGGAACGGAACAUCUUUUGGGCGUUUGAUGGACUGGAUGAAGCAGAAUCAAGCAAACGCGUCAUCGAACUUAUCUCCCGCGUUGCCGAUUUCAAGACGCCAAUACGGGUCCUCGUCUUCAGCCGACCGCUCGCCAGUAUUAACCAAGCUUUUCAACUAGCCAAGAAGAAGAUGCAGAUUAUCGACAUGCCCUUGCCAGACAAUCGGAGCGAUAUUCGUCUUAUGGUGACCCAAGAGAUCGACUACCUCAUGUCGGGUGACGAUUUCAAAGCCGCAGCCGUUGAUGAAAUCGUCUCCCGGGCACAAGGCAAUUUUCUUUGGGCUAGCCUUGUUAUUCAACGUGUGGUAAACUGCCAUCGGGAAGAGCAAGUCAAGCAAGUUCUCGAAUCGACGCCAGAUGGCAUGCAAGAGCUUUACGAUCGCAUGGCAGAUGCCAUCUUCGACCUUGAACUGGACGAAGACAAGGCACUUGCAAAGGUCCUGCUCACCUGGGCUAUGUACUCAAAGUCUCCGAUCACUGUCGAAGAACUCCGGGAGAUCUAUCCUCAAGAGCUGAGCUCAAUUAUGGACCUGAAUCACGCCGUCAGCCAAGUAUGCGGGCAAUUCGUUGCCGUCAAUCCGCAGGGACGAGUAACGCUGGUCCACCAUUCUGCUCGUCAGUAUCUGAAAAAGACCAAACGACGCCUCUUCACACUAGACGCCGAGAGCCGUAAUGAGGAGCUUUUUAUCAAAUGCCUCACAACACUUUGCGACAAGGGGUUGAGGCGCAAGCUUCAGAUGCUUAAGAUUCCCCGAUUCCUCCUGUACGCAUCUACCUCGUGGGCACUGCACCUCGAAAGCAGCUCCCCAGAAUCUGAUAACGUCCUCGACGCACUUGUAAGAUUCUUUGGCGGUCCCUAUCCACUGGCUUGGGUCCAAUAUUUGGCCAUGAGCGGCCAUCUUUCGGAGCUUUUCGGCGCCUCUAGAAGACUCACAGCCUGGCGGCAAAGUUUGGCCGCCAUCUUUCCGAGUCACCAGCCCCUGAUCUAUCAAUGCAUCCCCGCCUUGAGCCCAACUUCCUCCAUCGUCUACCAAAAGUUCAAUGGAAAUCCCGCAUCGACACUUUCGGUUUCCGGAAUUUCAAACGAAGAAUGGGAUGACUGCCUUGCGCGCGUGUCAGGAGGAUCUGGCAGGGCCCUUCGCUUUGCCGCUUCACCGCUAUACCUCGCCGUGGUAUCAGAUUGGUCGCCCCAAGUUUCGACCGAGAAUCCGCGACAGGAGCGCGCCAUCGACUUGAGAUUUGAUGAACAGGACGCCCUAAUGAUGAUCUCAGAGCAAAGAAGGGUGUACACGCUCCGGACGCGCCAAACGGAAACAUCACCUAUGUGGGAACAGCUCGACCCGACAUUGCUCGAUGAGCCAGGGGUUCCCGAGGGCACGUUUCUUAGCACGCCGUCCUGCGUCGCAUUUAACAACGACUGCACACAAAUCGCUGUUGCCUAUCGUUCAUUCCCUCUUUCCAUAUGGACCGUCGAUCCCCCCCAAAUGGUCGCACGCCUCAGGAAAAAAUCGAGACACGGGCACGGUUCCGCAAACUCGUACACGGGCGACAAUAAGGUUGUCUGGCACCCUUCCGGGACCGAGGUUAUCGGUAUCUACGGCCAGAUUUUCAAAUGGAGCCCCGAAGAUGACAGUUACGACGAGGUCAAGGACGAAGCCGGACUUGCUCCGCACGGGCUCGCAUGCAGCCCGGACGGCCAGGUGUUCGUUACCAUGGACGUUGGGGGCUCCAUCAAGAUCUUUGAUGUCGCUUCCAUGUCUCUCAUUUAUAAACUGAGCUCUGAGGAUCGCAUCAACCAAAUCACUUUCAGCCCCGACAAUCUCAGAUUCUACGAUCUCCGCGGGUCGUACUGUAACGUCUGGGAGCCGAACUGUCUAUUAAGGCUUGGCGAUUCAGCGGCUGAGCAACUUAGUGACACCGACAGCGCAAUGCUAUCUGACGACUUCUGGUCCGACACGGGCGAUACUCUGAGCACUUCAAUCUCCUUCCCAGCUUCCGAGAGCCACGCCGAGAGUAAGCCGGCAAUAACGGCAGUUGAACCCGGCCAACUAGCAUCCCGUGGGCUUUUGAUCGCGCACGCAAACGAAGACGGUUCCAUCAACAUAUACGACACCGUCGGAAAGAAGAAGAAGGAAAUCGCCAAGACCAUGUUCAAGAUGAGGGUUGAGCACCUUGCUUGGAGCCCGAAGCAGGAUCAUCUGGCCUACUCGCUGACCAACGGGGCCACAACCGUCCGAUCUGUGCGAAUCGACUAUACUGGCGAAAGGACGGUCGUGACCGAGCCUGUCUAUAUCGAAAAGAGAUCUUCCGCGGAACAAAUGUCAGGUCCUCAGCAUACCAGGGGGGAGGUCCUGGCCGACUGCCAGCUUCCAGACAACGAUGAGCCGACCAAGUGGCAGCAACACCCCUCCGAGCUUGACAGCCUCAUCUGCGUCUCCGCGAGCUCAGCGUCAAUUUUCUCUUGGGAUAACCUCGAGAAGCGAGCUUCCAUCCCCUUUGAACUACCCCAAUCCUCGGCCAUACCCGACACCGACAACAACCCCCCAACCGCCACACUUCACACCAUCCUUGAUAGCCACUCCCUGCGCUACCUACUCCUACGCACAACAACCAUGCACCACAACCGCCCCAUCUACAACUUCACCGUCCUCCCCACCCAAUCCAUCUACUCCCACACCACCUCCCCAACCCCAGGAGACCAACCCACCUCCACCCCCCCUUCCAACCCCACCACCAUCCAACCCCUCCCGCUACCCCCAUCCCUCACCCGCACACUCUCCCACGCCCUGGGCAUCCUCCCCGACAGCCGACUGGUAUUCAUCGACCGCCAGCUGUGGGUAUGCACGACGACGCUCUCGCCGUCGGGGGGGCGCCGCCGCCGACGUCCGGCGCCACUUCUUCCUGCCCCACGACUGGGUCACGGCCGUAGGCCUGCGCAUGUGCCGCGUCUUGCGGGACGGGACGGUGCUGUGCCCGUGUAA